AUGUUUAUCUAUUCAUGUUUAUUUUUCUCACAUUUUUUCCCCCUUUUCUCUCCAUUUCAUCAUAGCCCGGAUGAAGAUGCUAAUUCUAAUCCACAAUUUUCAUCACCUCAAACAAAUCGACAUGAAAGUAAAUCAAAUUCGGAGAAUAGUUCCGAUUUCACUAUAGAUCCAAAUAAAAUCAAUCAUACAGUAUCGACUGUUGGCGCAACUGUCGCAACACCACAACUCUCAACAACAUCCCCAACAACAACAACAACGACAACAUCGCCUCUUCCUAUUCAUUCUGCUCAACCGAAAACUACAAUUAAUCAUCCAAUGCCAAGUGUUACAUGUGUACAAGUGAAUAACACGCCUACACCUAUUUCUACCAUAAAUACAACAGAAUUGAAAGGCAAUAAAACUCCUGUGACGCUUGGCUUAAAUCAUUCACCUGUUGAAUUAAAAACCAAUUCACAAACACAAUCAUCAAGUAUGGUUGUUCAAGCACCGUCAAUGAAAAGAUUAACACUUGAAUGUACAACAAGUAAUUGUACAACCACCACUACUACUACUACCACUGUUGCUGCUGGUAUGGAUCAAGAACCUAAUAUUGACUUGAAACGUCCACGUCUCGAUAACGGUGAUAAUGAUACAGAUCAUAUUAAACCGAUUAAUGAUGAAAUAAGUAAACAAGUAGUCAAUACUACUAAUAAUACUACUCAUACUACUACUACAACUGCUGCUACUACUAGUUCUACUACCGCUUCUGCUACUACUGGUAAUAAACAACGUAAACGACGUAUUCGUUUAUUUACUGAAGAAGAAAAAUCUCCUAAAUCCGGAUUGGAUAUUGCAAAAUCAUCUUCUUUGUUACAACAAAAUAAGAAAUCUUGUUUUACACCUGAAUCAUCACCACCAAAAACAAAACUUACUGUUGAAUCUACUGAUCACAUAUCAUCCUGUGUACAAAACCAAUCAGCAGCAGAAGCAAGUUUUGCACCAUAUUUAAUUACUACUGCAGAUCAAUUAGGGAAUGCACCAAAAAUUCAAUUUGUCUGCUCUAAUCUUGUUGAUGGUCCAAUUAUUGUACAAUUGAUCAAUUCGACCAAUUCAUCUACACGUGGUGAAGAAAUACCGAAAUUAUCAAAUUCUAUGUCUAGAAUUAUUGCUAGUCGUAGUGAUCGUCGUCUAUGGGAAUUAAUUUGUACAGAUCGAUUAACUUCAUAUGCUUAUUCAGAUGAAGUUAUUGCUGUCGGUGAUAAUAAAGGUCGAAUACAAUUAAUCUACAGUACAGGGGGUCAUAUAUGUCCUAAUCUAUUAUUAGACUGUGUACAUACAUUAGCAUUAACUACAGAAACCAAUGAAUCAUCUUUGUCCACUUGUAGUCGUACUUUCUCAUCAUCAUCGUCCUACACAGAAUCUACUACUACUACUACCAAUAAUAGUAGUAGUAAUAACCUUAGCCGAUUACAUGCAGUAGUCAGUGGUAAUGAACAACAACGUACAACUUAUUUGAAUGGCAAUCAAAAUUUCACAUUUCCUAAUAUUAAUAAUAAUAAUAAUAAUCAUAAUCAUAACCACAAUAAUAGCGCAACAAAUAAAUUUAAUAUCAAUCGUAAAUAUCGUUUAGCUGCAUUGUGUCGAUCAGGAAAAUUGAUAUUAUGGAAUUUUUGUUUAAAUAAUUCUGGGUUAGGUUCAAUGUCCACUAUAUUUAAUACUUGUAUAUUUCCUCAAGUUUUAAUUGAAACAAAUAUUAGAGAUGUUUUAAAUG